CGGCUAUCUGCCAACAUUGUGACCAGCAAGGCCACACUAUUAGGUUCUGUAACAUAAGGCGGGAGGAUGAGAAGAACGGGCUGAUUUUCUCCACCAUGGAUGAAAACAUCUAUGACCAGUUUGGAGAUUUUAUUGACAGGAAGCUUGUCGGAGUGAGAGCGGAGGCCCAACGAAGGGCGGCAGUCGGACCACCACCCCUUGCCACAUUCAAGUUAUGGCAGGAGAAGGAAGGACCACCAAUUGGGGUAGAGGAAGUGGGGAGUGAUGAGGAAGUAACUCAGGGGCUACGAGAAGGAGGUAAGAGGGAAGAGCCCAUAAUCAUCGAGUCGGACGACGAGGAUAAGGAAGAAAAGAUGAAACCUCCGUCCGCCUUGCUGGGGAAAAUAGAGGACCUUUUGAGCAAGAUGGGGAGGUACCAACAGAAGUUGGUGGACCUCUGUGAGGGAAUAAGGGAAUGGGGGUCUAACGUCCCCAAGGUGUUCCUUGAUGACUCCGACCCGGAGUCAGCGCCCGGGCGACCCGGAGUAAAUGUAGUGGGGUCAGGCCCGCGAACGGGGAUGAUGAUGGGACCUCUUACCCCGCAGACCCGGCUGGCACAGGCAGCGCGAACGCGAAGUCAGGCCAAGGCCUGUGCUAGCAAGGAACCUCCCCGAAGAGAGCCUGAGCCGGGGGGAAGAAAAGAGGCAGUGGAAGUGGAGGAUGAUGACGACGAGGAGGAAGAAGAUAAGAAGUUGCGCCAGGAAGAGGAUAAGAGAGCAGAGCAAAGGGCUAAGAAAAGAGAGGCCAGGGAAGGAGCUGAGCCGGUCUUGCCCGAUGUGCCGCCUAAAAAGAAGAAAUAUGCAGUUCGACUGGAAGAAGGGUUUGACGUAGAGAAGGUGAUCGACAGGUUGUUAGAGGGGCAUAACGACCUCAUGACCCUGAAGGAAAUCUUGGCGUCAGCCCCUAAGCUCCGUGAUGGAUUGAAGGGGAGGUUGUCGCGGUGUCUGGUACCCAACGUCCAUCUGGGUACGAUCCUGCCCAAGGAGGCGGAGUGGGCAGAGUCAGGCACGAAGAUGGACUGGAAGUGUGUGGCCUGCGGCACAGUGGAUUCGGUAGUGAAGGGCUCCAAGUGUGCAGCGAUGACGGACACAGGGGCGGAAACCCGGAAGGCAGAUGCCAUCAGGUUCGGAUUGGAUAUAGACCGAUCUGACUGCGGCAUUCUACAUGGGGCAAGCUGCAAGGCCGUGUUCUAUGGGACAGCCUCGAAUGUGUUUAUCGAGGUUGGGAAAGUAAAAGUCAGGGCAUGCUUCUUCGUCAUGCCGGACGUGGAUGACGGGAUUCUUUUGGGGAGAUCCUUUCUGAGCAGGACAGAGAUGGUGAUAUUUAAUAAGCAUGAUGGGACUCUGAUCCUUCUCUUGUGUGACCCUGCCUGCGGAAAUUAUGAAGUCAUCACCUGCAGGAAUACAGGGCCAAAAAGCAUAAGGAACCGGCCCAAUCCAGGGUCUUUCACAAUUGAGGAGUCGGAGGACGAGCGCCAGAGGCUCCGGGCAGAGCCAGAAGAGGAAGAGAGGAUUGAAGCAUUCUCCCUCAGCUUGUCGGACGUGGGGAAGACCAUGGAUUUGGUGGCCGCGCAUGAGAUGGCGAAACCAGAUGCCAUUCAGACAUUGAGGGCGCAGGAGAAACCCGGCGAUAAUGCAGGCGCAAUCUGUGAGUCGGCUUUUUUUUUAGGGCGGCUCAAGCAGGGUUCCCAAAGGCGGUGCAAGACGGUAGACCAGAAGUGUCGCUCAGUCCCUGUCCUCGUUACUGAGGACGAGGAGGUGUACUAUGAACGAGAGCGGGGGUUGAUACGGCGGAUGAAGGAGAAAGCUUCAGCACGGCCAUGCCGUAUCAAAGAAGGGAACGGGGAGAAGCUGAUCAUAGGAGAGCCCGACUUUCUAUUGCCUCACGAACGAGCCUUGAUGGUGGAGUUAAUAAAGAAGAGGCAUCGCGCUUAUGCGUUUAGCGACGAGGAGUGCGACAGGUUGGAUGUGGAUAAAAUACCUAUGAUCCACAUCCACACCGUGCCACACGAAUUGUGGAACCUAAAAGGAGCGCAAUAUGCUAAUCCUGACGAGGAAAAGAAGGUGGUGGACUACCUCGAUGGCAAGAUACGUACGCAUAUCGCCGACUACUCAAGUGGGCCGUACGUGUCCCCGUGGUUUUGUUUUAUCGAGCCUAACGGGACGCUGCGGUGGGUGCAGGAUCCACAAAGGCUAAAUGCGGUGACUGUGCGGGAUGAAGGAGGGUUGCCCAACGCAGACGCGCUGUCAGAAUCCUGUGUUGGAAGCCCUAUAAUCUCGCUUAUAGACCUUUACUCAGGAUAUGACCAAUUUCCGGUCUAUCCGCCAGACAGGCCAGUGACAGCUAUGCAUACGCCUCGAGGACUAAUCCACAUGAAUGUGGCUCCACAAGGAUGGACCAAUGGGGUAGCGAUGGUCCAACGGGCCAUGAUUCGGGUUAUGCAGUCAGUCAGCCCACAUAUCACUCAGCCAUAUAUUGAUGAUUUGGCAGUGAAAGGGUCGAGAGUGAAGGAGAGUGACGAGAUUUUACCGGGGGAAGAGGUGGUGGCCAGAAUGAAGGAAGAAUUCCGAGAAGGGGGUUUGGUGUUGGGGGCGCCAGACUAUGACGUCACAGAAACGAGAUCCUUCAUUGUUGAAACGGAUGUGGGACCAACUGCCUUAGGAGAGGUUUUAAUCCAGGCAGACAUGGAGGGAAAGGAAAGGCCUUUGAGGUUUGAGAGUCGGACUCUCUGUACGACUGAGAGGAACUAUUCUCAGUUCAAAAGGGAGACCCUUGCCGUCCUCCACUGUCUGCGAAUCUUCCGAAACUACAUAUUUGGCAUGAGGUUUAUAUUGAGACUGGACCCAACUGCGCUAGCCUACUCUCAUAGGAAUUACGUUCCAUCGGAUCCAACAGUUGCCAAGUGGUUGACGUACAUCUGGAUGUUUAACUUCGAGUUGGAACGGAUCCCUGGAAGCAAGAACCGGGCGGACGGGCUGAGUCGUAUCAACUGGGAUAGUCAAGAAGGAGAGGCGGUGAAGAAUACGCCCCCAGUUGAUGGAUUUUUGAAUCAAGAGGAAGAUGUCCGUCUCCACAUUAACAAGUGGUCGUCGCAAGUGCUCAGGUGUGUAGGACAUCCUAUCUGGCAAGCGCCGAGUGGGUAUGAACGGAAGGCGGAGCUAGUCGUUAAGCCUUUUGAGGAAGAGGAUCCCUGGGGUGGUAAAGAUGUUCAUUGGAUGAUGAAGUUGGCGUUGGCUGGAUCAUAUAGCCUAGUGGAAGAUAUGAAGGCAAUAGAGGAAGGGCCAGGCCAGGUAGAAAGGCAUGGAAGCCUCGAUCAAGAAGGCUCGUUGAAUCCGGCGGGUAAUGAGGGCGAGGUGCGCGAGAGCCAGGACGACGAGUUUGAAGAGGGUGAGAUCAAAGAGGUCUUUCGUGCAGAGGAGUAUGAAGGGAUCUACCUGGAGUUGGGACUUCUUUUGUCAUGCGAAAUGCGGCUUAGAGAUGCGAGCGAUAGGGCUCAGAGGAUGAUGCAGUGCUACUUGGUGCGAGAUGGCCAGCUUUUCGUAAGAAGAGAAGUAUGGAAUCCCAGGAGAGUCGUCUGCAGUAGGAAUCGUCAGAUUGACGUCAUAGCAGCACUUCAUGAUGGCAUUGCAGGAGGGCAUCGAGAAGAGAGAUCUCGUUUGAGGCAAGGAGAGCCGUUACAUCCAAGGUUAGAGCGAGAAGUGGGGGUUGCAGUGCAUCUCGAUCUGCUUUUCAUGCCGCUUGGGGAUCAGGGUUAUAACUACAUCUUCGAUGCACGCAAUAACGUGUCUGGCUUCGUAGACGGACGUGCCAUUCGUACGAAGACUGGGCCAAUCUUGGUUAGCUGCAUCGAGGAGUACUACCUGCGUUAUCCUUUCGUCAGGGAGUUCGUAAUGGACAUGGGAUCGGAGUUUACCUGCCAGGACGUGCAAGAGUUGCUAUCAAGGUCUGACUUUACGAAGACAACCAUGCUAAGAGGAGGGAAGGGGACACGGCCGCCACGAAGGCCGUUGGGAGCUUCAGGAGGAUAUGAGCGGCAUGGGCCUCGCCAUCGAGAGAGUACUCCGAUGUACGAUGAUGGGGACAUCGAGCUAUUCCUGGACAGUUUCUGGGAGUAUGCAAGGAGUAUGGGCUGGACCGUGGCCCAGGCGAUUGAGAGAUUGAGGGGAGCCGGCAGGUUCGAGGAGCCCAUUGCCCGGAUCCGUAGGGAGGCGACGACGAGGCCAGAGGUGGAGAUGAGGAUGCAGGAACACCUAGCAGCUCAUGCCCUGGAGCACCCAGACCUGGAGGAGCCAACACCUGCAGAGCCGCGCCAGGAGCCGUGCCAGCCUGAGAAGGAGGUGGAGGCAGAGAUCCCGAAGAGGAUCGACCAUCGCACGAGGGAGAGGGCACCGGCUGGUGAAACAACUGAAGAAAAGAGGGCGAGAGGAAGUAGGAGAAUAGAAGAGAUAUGGCAAGAGAGGCAGAGGUUAGAGGCAGCGGGGGCACUUCCGGAGCAACAACAGGAAAGGCAGAGGUUGAAGGCGGCAGGGGCACUUCUAGAUCAGCCACCCAGCGCGCUAGCUAAGGCCCCCGAAAUCCAGGAGAUGUGGCGAGACUUCUGGGAGCAAAGGGGGGAAGGGCUUCCUUCGCCAACAAGAGCUGGAUUCGGGGUGGCAAGGAAAGCAGAAGAGAGGCUGGAUCGCAAGAUCAAGUUCCUGCCCAAGACAACUUUCGACUGAUACUUGUUGAUGGAAAGCGAUCUGGCAGGGAAGAAC